GGUAUGCGCGAUGGAUUUACGGAGGUCCUGGGUUCGAUCCCCAGCUGGGCCGAUUGAGGUUUUCUUAAUUGGUCCAGGUCUGGCUGGUGGGAGGCUUUGGCCGUGGCUAGUUACCACCCUAACGACAAAGACGUACCGCCAAGCGAUUUAGCGUCCCGGUACGAUGUCGUGUAGAAACCGAAAGGGGUGUGGACUUUCAUCCUCCUCCUAGCAAGUUAGCCCGCUUCCAUCUUAGUUUGCAUCGUCACUUACCAUCAGGUGAUAUUGUAAUCAAGGGCUAACUUGUAAAGAAUAAAAAAAAUAUUUCAACUUACAGUUAAAAUGGGCAACAGUAAGUCAGUCCGUGCGAGUCACUUCCAGCGCCCCAAGGAGGCUGUCGAAACGGAGGAAGAUGAGCUGCCUGAAGAAAACCACAUCAGCAUUUCCAACAAAAUGAUUGAACGCCUAGUGGAAGACGCUGCAUUGUCAGGUGGAAUAGACACGGGCGCGUCUCACGCUAAAGGCGACUUCAAAGAAAAGAUGUUCAUAGAAAAACUCGAGAUUUUGGACGAAAACCAUACAAACAGAUUCGGGCUGACAGCAGGAGAAGUGAACGCCAUUCUGAAACGCGUGGAGAAUCGCACCGCCAACAUGGUGGGCACGGAACCCGUGUGCGGCGACAUCAAGCGCCAGAUCAUCGAGUGCUACGACACCGCCGACACUGCCGCCCACGUCGCCCACUGCUGGGACACUAUCGGUGCGUUCUCCGAGUGCGUGCAAGAAGCGGGCGCGAGACGUUUGCACGCUCGCAGCGAACGCGACGCGCUCGAGCUUGAGCGGCGAUCGCGGCACGUCGCGCAUGCUCGCGAACAUGCUCUCAAGGACCUCAGUUGAUUUACAAUUAUUGCAAUAAUGCAAAUAAUAAACGAGCUUAAUGCCAAUAUUGUUGAAUAUAUGUAUAAAUA